AUGGCGGACAAGCAAGUCCAAGUUCAACGUAACCCCCGGACGACUCACUAUGAAUUUUUCGGCCCUUUGGGAACUACUUUUGUGUCUGUCACGGCGGGAGGUUGCCCUCCUCCCUUGUGGUCCAUCCCAUUCAACUUUGUCAGGGCCGUCGAGUCCAUUGACUGGUGGAAAAAAUUGUUUGAUAAAGAGGCAACUAUCGCUUAUGCUUCUUGGUAUGCUUUUACCGUGGCAGCAUGGUGGCUGCUUCCUGGCGACUGGGUCGAAGGAACCGAGUUGAGGACUGGAGGUCGAAUUCAGUAUAAGAUCAAUGCCUUUUCAACCAUGCUCCUCGCACUUGGCCUCACUUUCGGUUGGAUCAUCAACUUUGGACCCCAGUCCUUCACGUUCAUCUAUGAGCACUGGGUUGGGCUCUGCACUGCAUCCUUGCUCAACUCGUUCAUUCAAGCCACGUGGUGCUACUAUAUCUCUACCAAAAACGAGGACAUCCGCACUUUGGCGCUGGGUGGAAACUCGGGCAACGUACUUUAUGACUGGUUUAUUGGUCGCGAAUUGAAUCCCUCCAUCGGUUCGUUCGACAUUAAAUCCUUCAAUGAGCUUCGCCCUGGCCUCAUCCUUUGGCUCUUGUGCAACAUCUCCUCGGCAUGUGAACAAGUUACUCGUCGUGGGACCUGGAUUCCUACCGACUCUAUGGGUCUUGUUUUACUCUUCCAAGGUCUCUACGUUGUGGACGCUCUCUACAACGAGCCCGCCAUAUUCACGACCAUGGACAUUACUACCGACGGAUUUGGUUUCAUGCUCGCCGUCGGAGAUCUUGCUUGGGUUCCAUUCACUUACUCCCUUCAAGCCCGUUACCUUGCCUUUAAUCACGUUGAACUUGGACCAUUCUGGACUUGCGUGAUCUUUGUGAUUCACGCAGUCGGCUAUUGGAUCUUCAGGGGAGCAAACAACGAAAAAAACGACUUCAGAAAUGGAAGGAACCCCAAGAACUUGUCUUCGUUGCAGACCGAGCGCGGAACUCGCCUUUUGACCAGUGGGUGGUGGGGCAUGUGCCAGCAUCCCAAUUACCUCGGUGAUUGGAUCAUGUCCGUCUCGUACUCUCUCCCGACUGGGUUCAACACUCCUAUCACAUACUUCUAUUGCAUCUACUUCUUGAUCUUGUUGUUGCACCGUCAGACUAGGGACGAUGAGGCUUGCCGCAAAAAGUACGGAAAAGACUGGGCUACAGCCCUAUUUCCACACUGGCUAGACGAACUUUUGGAGGGAUUCAAUUUGCUUUUUUACGGUGUUGGCAGUAAACGCACCUUGUUGAACGAAUUUGCUACAGAGUACUUGAGCGCGGAAGGCCAUGUCGUCGUCGUGAAUGGAUACCUUCCCACCGUCGGACCAGCGGAUAUACUCACUUCGCUCGAGCAAAUUCCCGGAAUUCUUGAUAUUCCCUUGACCGGGUCUGGUGCCGAAGCAAGAGCUCAUCGUAUCGCCUCAUCCGUGGAACAAACAAUCUUUGUAGUAGUGCAUAACAUCGACGCUUCUCAACUUCGAACGGCCCGUGCACAAAGAGUACUAUCUAUUCUCGCGUCUGCUGAAAAUGUGCAUCUAGUCGGUACAGUCGACCACGUCAACUCGGGUCUACUUUUCCCAAGAGACCAGGCGUUGGGGCGAAAGGCCCAUCUUGGAGUGCUCGGGACAACAGACGACACAGAAAGAGGAAGAGGAUUCAAGAGUUGGGCAUGGCUCUGGCAUGAUCUGACCACUUUUGAACCCUACACCGCCGAACUGUCUCAUCGUGACCUUACAGUCCCACCCUCCACAUCGAGCGCGGCGGCCGUUGCAGCUCCAACUCUCACAGCUUCCGAGGUUACCCCUUCUGCGGCUCAGCACGUAUUCGCGUCUGUUACCGCAAAGGCUCAAAAAGUCUUCUUUAUGCUGGAAUAUGCGGUUCCAUAUGAUUCGCUGCUGGCCGAGGCCAGGGACGAGUUUGUGGCGGCGAAUGACGCAGCGCUGAGAGGAUUGCUUGGAGAGUUUAAGGACCACGGAAUGGUCCUAAGCGGCGAGGCUGAAGGAGGAGGCGAGGUCCUCUGGGUACCGGCGAGCCAAGACAUACUCAAGACAAUAUUGGGGUACUUGUCCAAAGCAGCGUCCAGCAAUUCACAACAGCUUUCUCCUACACUCAAUUCCGAAAUGUCUGCUCCCGCCAACGCAUCCACCGCUGCUGCAACUCAUCCUACAGCUGCUCCCGUUAGGGACUACCCCACGGACGGUUAUGGUGACGGGUAUGGCGGAGGACAUGGAAAGUAUCGGCCUGGGUUUUCAAGACACGAGUCGCAGCCCGGCUUCCCAAUCCACAGGAACAGGCGCCUCGCUAACCCAGCUCCCCUGGGAAUGUUCGCUCUUGCAGCAACCACACUAAUGUGGUCUUUAUACAACGCUCGCACCAGAGGACUUUAUCAAAUCAAUGCGGUGAUUGCACAGGCGCUCGCUGUUGGUGGACUUGUUCAGCUCCUUGCUGGAAUGUGGGAGUUUGUCACUGGAAAUACAUUCGCCGCCACUGCCUUCUCUAUCCUAGGUGGCUUCUGGAUCUCCUAUGGCAUUAUGUAUUGGCCUUACUCCGGCAGUCUGGUUGGCUACCCCACUGAAGGUGAACUCGGGAGUGCGCUGGGUAUCUAUUUCAUGGUCUGGAUGAUCGUGGCCCUCAUGCUUUUCCUCGGAAGUCUUCGCGGUUCUAUCCCAUUGGCAGCAACCUUCUUCUUCAUCUUCUUGAUGUACAUGCUGAUUGGCAUGCGCACUUUACUGGCCGCCGGAGCCCGUCGUGCCAGUGGAAUUCUCGGAUGCGUUGGUUCCUUCAUCGGGUUCUACACUGGAGCCGUGGGCUUACACAACCGCGAUACGACGUACUACAACUUGCCCGCAUUCGGAACUGCCAGGGCUGAUGCAGAUGCCGGAGCCGCCACACAUGGUCGCUAUACAUAA